AAUCUUCCUGGCUACAAAAAUGGCGGGCAUGACCAUGAUGCAUGAUGGGCAGUAAUGGUAACCUUUGACCUGUAAAAGUUUGCAUGUGUGCGCGUGUUACCAGGCAAGUAGGGGUUUGAAUCGUCAAUAUCAACAUUUAAAGGUUAGGAAUGGAGUCAAAGAAAAUCAUGAGUGCUGGAUUAUUUCUUGAUGGAUACACUGUUGGGGGUGUCGCCAACUUCUUGGCAAAGCAGAAGACUCCCAACAGUUCUGCAAAGAAGAAACUUAAGACAGAAUCUGUACUAUCAGAUCUGUCAGCCCUUUUCAGUCCAACAUCACCUUUUAGCUCAUCCCCUGGGAUAGGCAGUAGUAACAACUCCAGCUCUGUGCGGCAGCAUGGUAAAAGGAAAGCUGAGGAUAGUACUAUUUCUUCCAAGAAAAAAGUGAAGGAACUUAAGACGAUGAGUAGCAAAGAGGAGUCAAAUAACACAGUGCAAAGCCCCCAGACAACAACAAGGUCAGCAACAACAACAGCAACAGCAGACAACACUCAAAGUCAAAGUCAAGGGUCUAAGAAAGGAAAGCGAAAGAACAAAAGCAUGAUACCAGCAGAGGGACAACCUGUAAAAAAAUCAUCAGUCGAUGAUGUCCCUGUUGUGAAAGGAGGAUCAAAGACUCCACCUGAAAAUACCACUACGUUGCCUAAAAACACGAAGAAAAGGAGAAAGAGGAAGUUAUCAGACAGCACACAGGGAACUACAGAGCAAGUGACUGUAGAAGACACAGGCCAGGUUCAAGUUUCUGAGAAUUCUGAGCCACUCAAGAAGAAGAGGAAGAGAAAGAAGAAGAAAACUAAUGCCACGAUUUCAGUUCCAGCAUCUGAUACUCUAGACAAUAAAGAUGGCACAGCAGGAAGUGCCAAUGUACAGGGAAGUAAGAACACGGUCAAGAAAUCACCUGUGUCUCAGCAAUCAAAGGACCCGAAUGCAAAAAAGGAUCUUGAAGACCAAGAUGAGACAUCAAGAAAGAAAAAAAAGCGUGAUUCCAAGAUUUUAUCAGAAAGAGAGUCACUCCUGAAGAAUGCAGACCAAGCGGAACAGACUAGGAAGGAGCAAGUAAAGAAGAAACAGGAGGAAAAGAAGAAGAUGAUGACCAUCACUGAACUGGAAGAUGCAAACCCAACUCCUGGCAAGAGGCUGCGUGAUCCUGAGAGGGACCAGAGGACAGUGUUUGUUGGGAACCUGCCUGUUAGCACAACAAAGAAGGAGUUGAAGAAGAUGUUCCGGAAGUUUGGUGAAAUCGAGUCAGUCCGGUUCAGAUCAAUAGCUCAGUCUAAUCCAAAUGUCUCCAAGAGAGUAGCCAUGAUGAGACAAGAGAUCCAGGAGAAGAAGAAGAACAUGAACUGUUAUGUGGUGUUCACAGAAGAGGCAUCAGCACAGGCUGCACUCAAAAGGAAUGGUACAAUAGUUGGAGGGUCACACCAUAUUAGAGUGGACUUGGCUAGCAACAGCAAAAAGUUUGACCACAAGUUAUCUAUCUUUGUUGGCAACCUUCCCUUUGAUGUUGAGGAUGACUCAGUGUAUGAACACUUCUCUCAGUGUGGGGAGGUGGAGGGGGUCAGGAUCAUCAGGGACAGCAAGUCUGGGCUGGGCAAGGGAUUUGGUUAUGUGCUGUUUCAGGACUCUGCAUCUGUAGGUCUAGCCAUCAGACUGAAUGAAAAAACAUUUUCUGGAAGAAAAAUCAGGGUGAAGAGGGCUGUCAAGAAAGAAAAAGUCAAGAACACAAGCUUUGGGUCAGGCUCAGCAUCAAAAGGCAACAAACCCUUCCUGAAGGGCAAGUUUUCCCAAAAGAGUGACCAAGGCCUCAAAUCCCACAGGAAGGACAAGUUCCAGCCCAAGGAUAAAGCAAUGGGAUUAAAGAAGAAACAAGGAGGGAAGAAAGAGAGGUGGAGAAACAAGCCUGGGUUCAAGGGAGGGAUGAAAUCUAGAGGAAAAUGAUUACCUGGUACUUGCCUGCCCACAUGCCCUCCAAGGCAAAUUGCAUGAUGAGUAUGAAGUGCUGAAAUUAAUGUGAAAUACAGUACUAUUCUCUAGAUAAUUCCUUUUAUGUUGGAAGCAUAGGUAAGCUUUAUAUUUCCGUAACAGAUGUCUGUGAGUCCUUUGUAUUAAAUUUGAUAUACAGCCAAUGAUCUUAGUUUUCCCCAUUAUAUUUGUUUUUAGUAGUUCUAGAUCUCUUGUCCUUUCCAUUUACGAUGAUAUUGACAACACAAUUCUUGCAACCUAGUAAUGUAAGACAGUUAAGCUUUUUCAACUAGCCAGCAAAAUUAAAACACUUUUUACUUUCUUCCUGUUUUAAAUGUACCAUGAAUCAACAGUUUGUUACAGAAGGUAGCUAUUAUACUCAAAGCAGAAGUUAGGCUCCAGCUGGUUGUUUUUUUAGCAUUUGUAUCAGGCUAUUUUGUAAGGUUUUCUUUUUAUCCGUCAACCUUCUUUGACUGGUAAUAAGAAAACAGGACAAAAUAGACAGCCUGAUACAAACACACACAAAAAAACCCAACUACUUGGAGAAUAGUUAGCUAUAAAGUUUUGACAAACUCUUUCAAAUGAUCAAAUUUCUACUGAGCAAUUCCCGGAACAACUAAUUUGUGGCCAGUAGUUACACUGUUACAGUGCCAACUAACAAAUGCUAUAAAAGAAAGACAAGCUUGAGUAAUGCACCUUAUGUGUCGGUGCUUGAAUACAUGUACUUGACAUCUUUGUAUCACCAAAGUUAACCUUCACAAAACUGUCCAUAAAAGAUAUUUUAUUGAGUAAUCCACACAUCAAACAGAAAAGAUGCAACACAGCAGUCUCCACUUGAAUGUAAAAUGACGAUUUAUUUUAUCUAGUGGUUGUCAAGUAAGCACACAGAAAUGUUCCAUCAAGACUCGUGUAGUAAUGUCUACAAGAGAAAUAUCUACAAGAUUCUCAGCCACGCAUCGUAAUAAUUAAUUUGGAAGUAGGAAUAAUGGCAGUAUACAUCAUUGGAAUUUUCUGACAAAAAUUCUCUUCCUGUAUUCAGCAAAUAAGCCGAGUUAUUCCUCACCAAUAUACCAGGAAAAGACCAAUAACAUGUACAAGGGAUAGGGGUAAGAAGGGAAGAAUAAAAAAUGUGGAGGUGUUCCCUCAAU